GUCUCGAACGGGCCAAUUCCGAAGCAUCCAGCCGCGAGCCAUGGAGGACGACGCCCCCCGAACCCUAAACCCCGCCCCUCCUCCGCCCGACCACGCCCCUGCGCCACCGGUCCCUGCCGCCCUCGGCCCGCCCCCACCUAUCGCUCCCAUCCCGGUUCCUCCCGUACUCCGCGCCUCCGUCGGAUCCGACUCCGACCACGAGGGCUCCAUCCCCCGCCCCUCGGCCGACGACUACGAGGUCUCCGAGGAGAGCCGCCUGGCCCGGGAGCGCCAGGAGAAGCUCGUCCAGGAGCUCCUAAUGAAGCGCCGCGCCUACGCCAUGGCCGUCCCCACGAACGACUCCGCCGUUCGCGCCCGACUCCGUCGCCUCGGCGAGCCCGUUACCCUCUUUGGCGAGCGCGAGAUGGAGCGCCGCGACCGGCUCCGGUCCAUCAUGGUCCGCCUUGACUCCGAGGGCCAGCUGGAGCGCCUCCUCAAGGCCCACGAGGACGAGCAGGCUGCAGUGGCGACCGCCGGAGCUGCCGCCGAGGAUGAGGGACCGCAUCAGUACCCGUUCUACACGGAAGGAUCGAAAGAGCUUUUUGAGGCAAGGGUGGAGAUAGCCAAGUGGUCGGUCGCUAGGGCGAAGGCUAGGCUCGAGAGGGCGAGGAGGAGGAGGGACGACCCUGACGAGGAUGAAGAGGCUGAGGCCGAGUUUGUAGUGAAUCAGGCAGGUGGGUUAGUCCUUGAAUGCAGUGAGAUCGGGGAUGACCGGCCGCUUUCCGGGUGUUCCUUCUCUCAUGAUGGCACGAUGCUCGCCACGAGUGCUUUUAGUGGGGUUGCUAAAUUAUGGAGCAUGCCUCAAGUAACGAAAGUUGCAACUUUAAAGGGUCACACGGAGCGUUUAACUGAUGUGGCAUUCUCUCCUGUUGAUAACCAUAUUGUAACAGCCUCAGCUGAUCAUACUGCAAAAUUAUGGAACACUGAUGGGUCUCUUUUACAGUCAUUUGAUGGACACCUAGAUCGUCUAGCUCGUGUUGCAUUUCAUCCAUCAGGAAAAUACAUAGGAACUGCUAGCUUUGACAAGACAUGGAGAUUGUGGGAUAUUAAUACUGGGAUGGAGUUAUUACUUCAAGAGGGGCAUAGUAGGAGCAUAUAUGGGAUUUGUUUCCAUCCUGACGGAUCUUUAGCAGCAUCAUCUGGUCUUGAUGCACUCGCUCGUGUAUGGGAUCUUCGUACUGGAAGAAGCAUUCUUGCCUUUGAAGGCCAUGUUAAGCCAGUUCUUGGACUUAGCUUUUCUCCUAAUGGGUAUCGCUUAGCCACUGGUAGCGAGGAUAAUACGUGCCGUAUAUGGGAUUUGAGAAAAAGAAAGAGUUUGUAUACAAUACCAGCUCAUUCACACCUCAUUUCACAAGUAAAAUUUGAACCCCAGGAAGGCUUUUUUCUGGCUACUGCUUCAUAUGACACUAAAGCAAUGGUUUGGUCGGCUCAAGAUUUCAAGCCUAUCAAAACUUUGUCUGGACAUGAAGCUAAGAUCACGAGUUUGGAUAUAACAAGAGAUGGGCAGCAGAUAGCAACUGUCUCACACGACCGUACCAUCAAGAUAUGGACCAGUAGAAGCAAUGGAAAGGAGAAUGACAUGGACUUGGAUUAAUGUUGUUCAAAUCAAGGUGGCUUCUUUAUGGCCUCUUUUAAUUCUUUUCUGAAACACUGGUUGACUUUGUUAUUGCCUGGUGGAUGAGUGACGACGUCGUUUCCCAUUGACCAAAAUCUGCUGUCAUGUAUUAAGAUUAAUGUUCCAAAUCUAUCUGGCCUUCUGGUUUUUUUUUUGGCACAUCGAACAAGACUGCUGAUCAGAAGUACCGAGGAAACUUCAUCUGAGCCUUUGGAUGUAUAAAUCAUACACUGUGGUGUCUGUCAAAUUGCAGUUUCAGGUGUCGCUAAUGGAAUGCCAGAAAACAUGGUAGGGGUUCAUUCAAGUAAACCCUAAUGGAAGGUGUUUGAGCAAUUGAACCUUUUUGAGUAUGUAUCUGAUGAACCUCAUAUCUUUUUGAGCAACGCAACUUCAAUGGUGAAAGGAGGUUCCAUAUUUAUUUCAA